UAAUUAGUCUUCCCAUAAUGAAUUUGCGAGAUCUUAUCGCAGAGAAAAAAUCGUCAUUAAAAUCCUGUAAAACAGUAAUAACGGAUCCACUCGGCAAUAAGUACGAAAUUGACCAUGGCAGUGUGAAGGAACUAGAGAAAAGCCUGCCAUUCGUAGUGGACAAUAAACCAGACUUACAUGUCGCUAAUGUAAUACCGGGAUUGUAUCUCAGCUCUCAAGAUCCAGCGGUUUGUAGUGAUAUAUUAAAGAAAUACGAAAUACAGCAUAUUUUAAGUAUAGGUGUCGACAUUUCUGAAAAAUUUCACGAUAUUCAAUAUCAUAACUGCGACUUGUUAGACUUGCCAGAAUCGAAUAUAAUACCGUCUAUAAAGAAAUGCAUCGAUAUUAUACAUACGAAUCGCAAAGAAAAUAUUCUUGUGCACUGCAACGCCGGUGUUUCUCGCUCCGCCGCGAUCGUUAUUGCUUAUUUAAUAAUUAUAAUGAAAUUAUCGUACGACGAUGCUUACAAUAAAGUGAAGGCAGUGAGAAGUUGUAUUAAGCCUAAUGACGGAUUCGUGAAACAAUUACGUAGUAUUGAAAAUACAACCUUCGACAAAUUAUAAGCAUUUUUUUUAAAUGUAACAAAAUCAUGUGUAUGUAGAAAUCUAAUAUGAAAUAUCGUAUUGUACAUAUACUGUAUAGCGAUAUUGAAAUUAUCGACAUUAUCAUAAAAACUGUUCAUCGAUUAAAUAUUUAUCCUAUUUAAUUUGAAUGAUGUAACUGACAUUAGAAAGGUUGGGAUGAAAUACGCAUAUAAAAAAUGGAUCAAUGAAUGUAAUAUAUUGUUACAAUAGAAUCCACGUGUUAUAACAUUAUUUACUUAUGUGUACAGAGAAUAUUGUUUCAUAUAAUUACAAUAUAUUUUAUUAUAACUCAUUAGAAAAUUAUAUUCAUGCACAGCAUCUGUCAAAUUCUUAGCCAAAACUAAGUAUUAAAAUUUACUAUUCUGGCUUUUCUUACAUUUACCAUGCAUUGGAGAUGACACAUAGGUCGCUGUACCAAGUAGAUUUAUAAAAAUUACUGUAAAUCUAAAAAAUAUAAGUGAAUUUCUGUAUACAUGAUAAUUCUAUUAUUUCAUUCAUAAUAGUAGUGUAUCAUUGUACCUGUGUGUGGUACCUAUUACCUUUCUCUCUCUCUCUCUCUCUCUUUCUCUCUCCCUCCUAUUACAUAUUACAUAUUGUAUAGAAUAAUUAUUAUCAUAUAUUCAUAUACGUGUUUACAUGUGAUGUGUAUAUAUACAGGUCGUCCCAUAAUCACCGGAUGAUACUUUAGGAACAGAUUGGUUGACUAUUCCGAAAUACAUUUUUUUACUUAAUAAAAAUAUCGUGGUGUAAGUAAUCUUCAAAAUUCCCCAUUUGCACGUGGGAGAUUUUUCACAAAUAAUUCACCUAUCCUAGCGUAAUUGAGGCACAAAACUUAGUCUGUUAAAGUUAAAUCUUAAUUCGAGACAGAUUUCACUGCUACUUAUUAUUGAAAUGUAAAAGGGUACAACAAACGGCCUUUUGAUAUCUCCACUAAGAAAGGGUGGGCUCUCUUCGAAUUCCUGAAUGCAUCUACUCCGAAAGUAUCAUUCAAUGGUUCUCAGAUACCCCGGAUAAAUACAAUACAUAUAUUGUAUUUAUUUAUAUGUAUAAUAAAUCUAGUAUUCACAUUCCUCCAACAAUUGAAAUGAGCUGUCUUGAAGAAAAUAGACAAGGCACUUGAACUAAAUAUCCUUUUCUUAGCUAGUUGGCCUCAUAAAUAGUAGAAUGCAAGGACUUGCACAUCAAACGGUAUACGAAACAGUAAAAUAGGACAAAUAAAUAAAGCCGGCUAUCAAAAGGAAUUCGUGUAUCGUCCACUAUUGAUAACAUCAAGACUCGGUUUGACCAUUCUCUGCAACGGUGCCGAUAUUUUUACAUAUGUCUUAAUACGGCCUUAAGACAUAAGUCUCAUGCGGCGCAGGAUCAAGGCCUUCUAUAUAUUAUGUUCCUUGAACAUACAACAUUGCGACUGCUUGAUAAAA